ACACUCUCCUGAUUCACCACAGGUGGAAGAUGCUCUCUCUUACCUGGACCAGGUGAAGAUCCGUUUUGGCAGCGACCCAGCCACGUACAACGGGUUCUUGGAAAUUAUGAAGGAGUUCAAGAGCCAGAGCAUCGACACUCCGGGGGUCAUCCGCCGCGUUUCCCAGCUUUUCCACGAACACCCGGACCUCAUUAUCGGCUUCAAUGCAUUCCUGCCCCUCGGCUACCGCAUCGAGAUCCCGAAGAAUGGGAAGCUCAGCAUCCACUCGCCGCUGGCUGGCCAGGUGUCCCUAGACCCGGCUCAGAGCCCCCUCUCCGGCAGCAGCUUGAUGCUCCAUUACUGCCAGGAAAACGCCUACAACCAUGGCGACGGCCCAGAGGACUUCCGGCAGCAGCCAUUGCCGCCCCCACCCACCCCUUCCAAGGACGACAAGCUUCCGAUGCCCCUGGAGUCGGACUCCGUGGAGUUCAACAACGCCAUCAGCUACGUGAACAAGAUCAAGACCCGGUUCCUGCAUCACCCGGAAAUCUACCGGUCCUUCCUGGAGAUCCUUCACACGUACCAGUUCACAGGAAACGGGCCGUGCGAUCCAAACUCAGCCCCCAAACUGGACCACGAGAAGCACCUGGAACACAGUAAGAAACGCUCCCGGCCUCUUUUGCUGCGUCCAGGGCCGGGCCCUUCUAAGAAGAAGAUCAAGUUGCGAGGGACGAAGGAUCUCUCGGUGGCCACGGUGGGCAAAUACGGCACCCUGCAGGAGUUUUCCUUCUUUGACAAGGUCCGUCGGGUCCUGAAAAGCCAGGAAGUCUACGAGAACUUCCUCCGCUGCAUCGCCCUCUUCAACCAGGAGCUGGUUUCGGGCUCGGAGUUGCUGCAGUUGGUCACUCCUUUCCUGGGGAAAUUCCCGGAACUCUUUGCCCAGUUCAAGUCCUUCCUGGGCGUGAAGGAGCUCUCCUUCGCCUCCCCCAUGAGUGACCGCUCGGGGGACGGGAUGUGUCGCGAAAUCGACUACGCCUCCUGCAAGCGCAUCGGCUCCAGCUACCGGGCGCUGCCCAAGACAUACCAACAGCCCAAGUGCAGUGGCCGGACCGCCGUGUGCAAGGAGGUCCUGAACGACACUUGGGUCUCGUUCCCUUCCUGGUCGGAGGAUUCCACCUUUGUCAGUUCCAAGAAAACCCCUUACGAGGAGCAGCUCCACCGGUGUGAGGACGAACGCUUCGAGCUGGACGUGGUUCUGGAGACCAACCUCGCCACAAUCCGCGUGCUGGAGAGCGUGCAGAAAAAGCUGGGCCGGAUGUCCCCGGAGGAUCAGGAAAAGUUCCGUCUGGACGACUGCCUCGGGGGAACCUCGGAGGUCAUCCAGCGCCGGGCCAUCUACCGCAUCUAUGGAGACAAGGCCCCCGAGGUCAUCGAGGGCCUCAAGAAGAACCCUCUCACCGCCCUCCCGGUGGUCCUGAAGAGGCUGAAGGCCAAGGAGGAGGAGUGGCGGGAGGCCCAGCAGGGCUUUAACAAGAUCUGGCGGGAGCAGUACGAGAAAGCCUACCUGAAGUCUCUGGACCACCAGGCGGUGAACUUCAAGCAGAAUGACACCAAGGCGCUGCGUUCCAAGAGCCUGCUGAAUGAGAUCGAGAGCGUCUACGACGAACACCAGGAGCAGCACUCUGAGGGCCGAGGGGCCGCGAAUGAGCCCCACCUCAUCUUCGUCUAUGAAGACAAGCAGAUCCUGGACGACGCGGCUUCGCUCAUCACCUACUACGUGAAACGGCAGCCCACCAUCCAGAAGGAAGACCAAGCCACGAUCCGCCACAUUGUCCAGCAUUUUGUCCUCGAACUCUUUUUCUCCCAUCUGCCCGAGCAGCCGCUUCCCGAAGAGUCCCCCAGCGAGGAGGAGAAAGGGAGCCCUAAGGCUCACCCCCUGGACACCCGUGACUUGCGGAGGAGGAGCACAGCCGGUGCACCGCCCGGCCCCGCGGAGAAGGCGCCCGGCCUGGGGGAGGCGCAUGAGUUGCGGAAACGAGCCACCACUCCCUCCGUGGCUGCGGAGGAGAAGCCGCCGGCCGUGGAAGGCCACGAGCUGCGCAAGAGGAACGUCCCCCCGCCACCGCCCACCAGCCCGGAUAAGGAGAAGGGGAACCCGGAGGGCGUGGCGCCGGCACCGUCGGCCGGAUCACAUCGUUCCCUUGACAACGUCUACACGCUCUUUUUCGCCAACAACAACUGGUACUUCUUCCUCCGCCUCCACCAGACGCUGUGCUCCAGGCUGCUCAAGAUCUACCGCCAGGCGCAGAAGCAGCUGCUGGAAUAUCGGACGGAGAAGGAGCGGGAGAAGCUGUUGUGCGAAGGCCGGAAGGAACGGGCCAGCGACCCGGCCAUGGAGCUGCGGCUGAAGCAGCCAAGUGAAGUAGAGCUCGAGGAGUAUUACCCGGCCUUCCUGGACUUGGUGAGGAAUCUCCUGGACGGCAACAUUGACCCCGUCCAGUACGAGGACACCCUGAGGGAGAUGUUCACCAUCCACGCCUACAUCGGCUUCACCAUGGACAAGCUGGUGCAGAACAUCGUCCGGCAGCUGCAUCACCUGGUGAGUGACGACGUGUGUCUGAAGGUAGUCGAGCUCCACCUCGCCGAGCGGAAGCACGGGGCGGCGGGCGGCAACCUCUCUUCGCAGUGCGUGCGGGCCGCCAAGGAGACCAGCUACCAGUGGAAGGCGGAGCACUGCAUGGCGGAUGAGAACUGCUUCAAGGUGAUGUUCCUCCAGCGGAAGGACCAAGUGGUCAUGACGAUUGAGCUGCUGGACACUGAAGAAACCCAGACGGAGGAUCCCACUGAGGUCCAGCACUUGGUAAAUUAUGUGGAGCAGUACGUCGGCUUUGAGGGGGGCCAGGACAGCCAGAACGAAGGCUUUCUCUUGAAACCCGUCUUCCUGCAGAGGAACCUGAAGAAAUUCCGGCGGUGGCAGUACCAGCAGGUCCAGGCCUUGCGCCACAAGGCCAAAAGCUCGUGGAAGCAGCUGAUCGGCGUGGAGAGCGCCUCCAACGUGGACUGCAGGUUCCGGCUGAACACGCACAAGAUGCUCUUUGUCAUGAACGCCGAGGACUAUAUGUACCGCCGGGGGGCCCUGUUCCGAGCCAAGCAGGCCCAACCGGUGGUCUUGCUGCGCCACCACCAGCGAUUCAAGGAGUGGCACCGUCGCUGGCUAGGGAGGCACGUCAGCCGGGAGGCCUCCAAACUGGUCCAGGACUGGCUGAUGGGGGACGAGGACGGGGACCUGGUCCCCUGCAAGACUGCGUGUGAGACGCUCAGUAUUCACGGGGUGCCCGUCAGCCGCUACCGGGUCCAGUACAGCCGCCUGCCCACCUCCCCCUGACUUCCCACCAGCCUCGCCCGCCACGGCCCUCGUGGACUUUUGGUGCCGCCAGCGUUUCACCUUGGGAGGGGACUAUGAACGGCGGAUUGACUUCCCCCCAACACACACACCGUCUUGUGCCACCGAUGGGCAGAGGAGGGGCUCCGUGGCAGGACCAGCAUGGGCGCUCGUUUGUCAGAGGUUAGGAUUGAACUGCAGAGGAGCAGGGCCAGGAAGGUGGGAGAGCCGGAAGUUUUUUGCUCGCUUGGAAAACUCCCGAAGAUCCAGGGAAGGGGGCCGUCGGAUCCUGGACGGAUCCUGCCACGGAAAAAUGCACCGCACGCCAUUCGUGUCUGCUCGCCGUGCGUCGAAGCUGAACUGAGGCUUUGAAAACCAGGCCUUUUCUUCCCCCACCCCUCCCUGGGGGUUGCCUGGAUUAAGACACCCGUGCUCACCCCCCCUACCCACUAUGCCCCACUGCCUUUUGCUCUCAAAUCCAGUUGUGCAAAAAAAAACCCAAGAAGACCCUUAAAGUAACCUCCUGCCUGCCUGCGCCUAUUCUCCUUCCACCGGCCGAUGUUUUCUUAGAGGUUGAAGAGCGUACAAACGAUCGCUGGGCCCUUCCUUUGCUCUCAACCUGGCGGGGCAGAGGGGUGGGGGUGGCUUCCCUGCCAUAGUCCUGAGGAUGAUGGAAAGGAUCCAUUUCCAGAAGAGGAGGCCGACACCAGGGGAGGGCAGAGGAGGCCUGCAACGCAGCCUGAUGGGCCGUAACGACCGGCAUCGUAUUUCGCAAGCCGUUGUACUAGGGACGGAAGCCCUUUAUCGCCUCCUCGGACAAGCCACUGUUCCCCAGGACCUCAAUGCCAUUUUGAAGUGCACGGCCUUCUACACCCAACCCCCUGAAACCGUCCACCCCUCCGUCUUCUGCCCCCCCCUCCAGCCGAGAACUGCUCCUCCCUGAUACCACCUCCGCCUCUUCCGGCGGUCCCGAACUGGGAGCCGUCUGCCUGUGCCAAAUUUUGCGAAGCGCCUCUUCCUCGGCGGCGGCCACGCUCGUGGCUUCAACGUGUGCUUUGAUUUGAGGGCGUUUUGAAGUUUUGAGGAUACCGGUCCCCUCCCUCCUUCCCUCAACCUGUUAAAAAGUGUACUUCAAGCCAUCUUUACGUGUCCUUUCUUUGAUAAGUCAGUUCGUUUAUCAUCCGAGCAGGACAGAGCGGGGCCUUCUUGAUUCCUACAUAUUGGGGGGGGUGUUUGGGAGGCCUGUUGGAAGCUCGUGGUCCGUUGCUGGACCAGUUCAUUCUUCUGCUUCCCCGAAGGAUUUCUUGCUUCUUCUUUAAAAAAACAACAUUGAUUUCUUUCCGCUUGUAUUUGCUUUGCCAACUCUCUGAAUGUAGUUUUUAAACAAAUAUUUAUUUGCACACAUCAAGUAAAAUAAAAUAUUAAUUUUAAAAAUGC